AUGGCUCUUAUCGCGCUGCUGCUGCUCCUCUCGACUGCCUGCAGUCACGCUCUGCGGGCUGGCGUCCCGCGCAUGACUGCGCCGGCCGCCGCGGCUUCGUCGACACUGCGGCCGGACCUUGCCGCCGCUCUCGGCACGGAACCGGAGAGCGGCAUGGCUGACGAGGCGGCGAUGCUCGCGAGCUCCACCUUCCCGAUACCGCCGGACGAGCUGGUCAGCCUCGCAAAGGCGUUCACCGCGGCUCAGCUCGCAGGCACCGCCGACGGGAGCGGUGGCAACCCGGACUGGUUCGCCGAGGACUUCCGCUUCGUCGCACCCGUGGUCGGCCCGUACGACAAGGGCCUCUUCAUCGACUCGCUCAAAUCGUUCGACCUCAAGACCGCGUUCCCGAGCCUGAGCUCCAACUACCACCACUUCCGCGUCUGCCCGUUCAAGCCGAACCGCGUGUGGUACUCGGUGAAGUACCUCGGGAAGAAUGAUGGCCCCGUGCUGGGGCGGCCGGCGACCGGCAAGUCGGUCGAGUCUCCGGUUCAGGCGCACAGCAUUACAUUCAAUGAGCAAGGCGAGGUGACCAAGUUCACGAUCGGUUACGUGAUGGACAAGGAGGAGGGCAACACGGGCGGGCUCGGCGGGGUGUUUGGCCUGUUUUGGGCGAUCGGUACUCGAGUAUUGAUUGCCUGGGCAGAAACCGUCGACGACAUCAACCCAGCCGCUCGCGGCCUCGCCUUCGCGCCCAAGCCCUCUCCUCCCGUGCCCGACGUGGUCGACGACCCCGCCUGGCUCAUCGCCACCUCUGGGUUCUGCUCGAACCUCAACGUCGUGAUCAAGGAGCGCGACGUCGAUGCGAGCGAGACGGAGGGCGACACCGCGGCCCACUUCAUCGCCGACAUUGCCUUCAACUACUACCCGCAGACGGCGGUCAAGUUCACCGAUUUCCCACACCACCUGGCGAAGACCAUCGAGGGCGACGCGGCAGAGGCGGACGCGCUGGUCUCAAGCGCGUGGGACCACAAGAACAUCGCGCUCCUCGAGCCGACGUCGACGUGCGGCCCGGAGCAGGGCGAUCAGGCUUGGGGCAUCUCCGUCUUCAAGGUGGAGGAGCACCGCCACUGCACCGACAACGAGACGGCGUGGGAGGGACAUCCCUGCGUGCACUACUCUGGCUACGUCUCCGCGGCUACGUCCAAUUUUGUCAACGUGAAUGAGGGCCGGUUCGUCUGCCAGCUGUUCGUCGACUCAAUGAGAAGCGAAGAGUGCAUGAAGCAUGCUCAAUGUAUGCUAGAACCCAUCGAAGAACUUCAAAGGGAGUGCAUCAGGUAUAAUCCGUGCUAG